UCGGGAUUUACCUGUAGCCGCAGGUAACACACGGAAAGACCAGGGAGCGCAGCACUCGUCCCAAAAUACCGACAGAACUGGAGGAAAAAUUGGACUUUCGGUGUGUUACGUCGUUAAUCUGAGCUUUCGGGCAGAGAAAGUCAACGUACCGGCCACUGCGGGCGCGAUUGUGGGGGAAAGUUCAACGCAUUACAAGUCAAACAAGUUAAACAUCUAAAGGAAGAGUUCAGCUUUUGACUUCCGGAACUAAGGAACAGAAAGUAACGACAAAGACCAAGACUUUACUCCUAUGCGGUGGUGGACCUCGUGAGCCAUGCCUGGCAACAGCGCAGGGAGUCCGCAGAAGCCCCGCCCCCAGGCCGCGGGCCGCUCGGGGGGGGAGGGGCAUCGGUCGGGGGGGGAGGGGCAUCGGCGGUCACGCACGCAGUCCCGGGACAGCAGCACCAGUCAGGAGUCGUCACGGGAACCGUGCCUGGAGCCCCUGCGCAUGACGGACCCGCCCCCCCUGGCCCGCCGCGCUGCCGGGCGCGACUCUGAGUCGCUGGGGUUCAUCCCGGGGUCGGCGGAUUCGGCCCCCGCCGUGCGCUCCUGUGGGCCCUGCACCCCCCCGCGGGCCUGCCGCACCACGCUCUGCUGCAUCCUGACCUGCGGCCUCUACGGCCCCCGCCCGCCCUGCCUGUCCCCUCCCCGCGGAGAGAGCUCCACUGACCCCCCCGCCUCCCCCGCGCCCCAGGCCCGCCCCCCCAACGGCGUGGCCGUCCCCAGCGCCGCGGUGCGGCAGGAGCCCCCCCCCUCGCGCCUGCCCGCCUCCGACAGCUUCCGCUAUGGAGACGUGCGCAUCGGCGGGAAGAAGGUGGAGUAUCCGGCCGGGCCGCCCCCCCGCCGCCCGCGGGCCCCCAGGGGGGAGAGCCAGCGCCCCGUCAGCAACACCAGCAUGGGCAGCGUCUACUCCCGCGACGAGCUGGACUUCCUGGACGACCUGAGUGACAGCGGCACCGACAUCGACUCGCUCAUCACCAAGAAGCUGCUGGAGCUCUACAAGCUGCACCAGAUCGACCAGCUGGCCAAGUGCACCUCCGACUCCUCCUUCUCCCGCAAGACCAACGAGAUCAGCGACCUCAUCUACAGCAUCGCCCAGGACUACAACCUGGAGACGCAGGAGGCUGAGUGCCGGCUGGUGCACGGCGUGAUCCGGAUCAGCACCCGCAAGAGCAAGCGGGCCGCUCCCCGGCCCCGCGAACCCGCCAACCCCCCCCUCACCGCCCCCCUCAACGGCCGCAGGGACGGGACCCUGCCAGACAGCGGCAACGAAACCAUGACGGACACCUUCUAUAGCAACGACACGGAGCCGGAGGUGAAGGUGUCGCAGCAGACUCCCUCAGACGCACUUGCCCGGCAGAUGAGGAUGAGCAGUGGACCUGAGUUCUCUGGACCGCACACAGCCUACUCCCCCGGCCCCCAGGACACGGAGACCGACUCCUCCGGGACCCCCCUGCUGCACUACCUCCGCACAUGAGCCCCCGCACCCCAACACCCCAUCUCCCACCCCCCAACACCCCCC